AAAGUAACGUUGGUGCAUAAGUGUGGUGAAUUAGACGCUUUAGUAGACCCUGAUUUUCCAUAGUUUCCUAGGAGUGGCGAUUCGGUUCGGACAAAACAGACCAAAGCUUGUUUAGUUUUACCAACUCCGCCGAUACCGAAUUAGUUGCCCCCUUGCCACCGAUACACGGUCCUCACGCUAAUUUGUGCGCGUAGCAGUUUCCAGCUCAGACAGUCCGACCCCCGACGAACUGCGUCAUUCUCUCUUGUAGGGCACGAGGCGCAGGAAGUGAACUGCAGAAGUGACAACGAAACGUGUCUUCUCGAAAUUCGAAUCGAAAUCGAACCAGCACACGUGUGUCCAGCGGAAGAAGUGCAAACACGUGAAACAGGGACGCCAGUGCGAUCGAAGAAAGAAAAGCAGGAAAACGGGAGUUCCCGUAGCGUGUUGGUGUGCCCGGAAAAAGUGUACCUGCUGUUCUGCAGCAGUCCGUGCGGUCCCCACCGUGUGCAGCGCCAGACGAGGAGUGCGUUUCCCAAUAACCACAGGCGUGAGCAGUGCGUGCGUGCGUUCGUGUGCCUCGGCCUGGCGAGCGGUGCUUUAGUGUUCAACGACAAUCGUUCGGCCACCGCGGGGCUCACCUUGCCGAAGGCGUAGACGUGGAUAGUUGUCGGGACGUGUGCCACCUGACUCGCUCUUCUCCUUUCUUACCCUUCUGAUCGACGAAAAAUUGGUUUUCAUGAUAUCUGCUUGGAUAAACCCCUAUAAUGAGAAGUGCGGAACUUUAAAAGUUCCCGACUCUUAUUCUCAACGCAUCAUGGACGGUUAUAAUGUGCAAGCGCAUCAGCAGCAGCACACCUAUUCCAACGGAAACAGCGGUACCAGUGCCCAUUGUAACAGUGCAAGUCGGAAUGGCGGAACCACGAUGUACACUAGUGCCCACGGUUACCCGGCAGCAACGUUCAACUACGCGACGAUGAGCUACGCGCACUCCGAAGGAGGCUCAGUAUCUCCACCACCGUCACCCCGAUCCAACAGCUCCAUCUCGUCGGCGUACUCUUCCUCAUCGUCCACGGCGGCUUCGCUGUCGGCUUCAUCUGCUCUAUCUUCCUCAUCUUCGUCCUCGUCAUCCUCGUCCUGUAUUUCGUCGGCCGGAUCCGAGAAUGGCGCUUCAUAUGAAAACCUGGACAUUGCGGCACAGCGGCUGGCGGUGCUGUCGUUCGAGCAAGUCCGGAAACUGAACGACGUCAUGAACGAGCCGGUAUCGAUCCACGGACGUGGAAACUUUCCGACCCUCGAGGUGAAGCUGAAGGAUCUGGUGAACAUUGUGCGCGAAAAGUUAGAAACGGACGUUGUCUCCGGAGGCGCUGGAAUGACGGUGAAGGAUAUUCGCUUGAACGGUGGGCUUGCUAGUCAUGUGUUGGCGUCCGAGCCUCAGCCAUACAAUGAUCUCGAUCUGAUCUUUGCCGUCGACUUCAGCAUGAGCCGAAGCUAUGAUCGGGUCAAGUCGGCGGUGCUAUCCUCAUUGCUCGACCUAAUGCCUGAGGGUGUCGUGAAGCGCAAGAUUACUCAGUGCUCGCUGAAGGAGGCGUACGUUGGCAAGAUGGUGAAGGUGAACAGUGACGGUGACCGCUGGAGCCUCAUCUCGCUUGGCAAUUCAUCCGGCCACAAGAACGUGGAGCUUAAGUUUGUCGAUACAAUGCGCCGUCAGUUCGAGUUCAGCGUCGACUCGUUUCAAAUCGUGUUAGACUCGCUCUUGAUGUUCUACGAUUGCGCCGAAAUGCCGAUGAUCACGGAAAACUUCUAUCCGAGCGUCGUGGGAGAGUCGGUAUACGGCGACUUUCAAGAGGCGUUAUAUCACUUGCAAAAAAAGUUGAUCUCUACUCGCCAACCGGAGGAGAUCCGUGGCGGUGGUCUUCUCAAGUAUUGCAAUUUGCUGGUGAGGAACUACAUGCCAGUAGAUACGCAGAAGAUCAAAACCUUGGAGCGGUACAUGUGCUCACGAUUCUUCAUCGAUUUUCCGGACAUCGUUCAACAACGCAGCAAGCUGGAAUCGUACCUGAAGAAUCACUUUUUCGAUGAAGGCGAGGAGCAUCUACAGUACCAGUACCUGAUGCAUUUAUUCGACGUCGUUGAACAGUCGACCGUGUGCCUCAUGGGGCAUGAGCGUCGCCAAACGUUAAUGCUGAUCGAGUCCCUUGCCAUGGAAAUUUUGUAUCGAGACCAACAACAGCAGCACAACGCUGGCAUCAUCACCACCACAUCGACGACCGGUAGCUCAAGCUCACCGGUGCCUGCACAGCACUCGACGCUACAGCUGCAGACACAAAUGUCUCAACUAUCACUAUCUCCACAACAGCUGUCUCCGCAGCCUUCGGCGUUGCUUGGCCAACAUCACUCCCAGGCCCAUUCGCCUAGUGCCCAUCAGUCUUCCCAAGCAUCUCCGCAGUCGCAACAGUCAACACAGCAGCAAAUAGUACAAGCACAGCAGCAGCAUCAAUUGGCAUCUCAAACGCAGCAGCAAUCGCAAGCGCAGCAACCCGCAGCAAUUGCCCAGACCCAGGCCAUAACAUUAGCUCCGCAGCCCGGACUACUGUACGCCAACGGAAUCUACUACGCCCCAAUCAUUCCCUAUACCCAGUGCACCUGCAACAGUUGGAUCGCAACGUGAUUGGUGCCUCCAAUGCCGGUGGAUGCUAGUAUCGUCAAUAUUUCCUGCACCGAAUCCUCUGCGGCGGCAGCAACAGCAGCAAUCACGGUAGCACCGGAACUAUCCGAGUCAACUUCAUCCCAGAGCAACCGCUACAGCGGGAAUAUCGUGCAAAGUCCCUUAUCCGGCAAUCACAUUGCGUCGUGUCGAUCAAUGCGUGGAUUGAUGACUCCUUCGUUUCAGCAGCCCUCACUUGUACCAUCAUCUUCCUCCUUUCUGUCUUUAGCACCAUCUCCUCGUUCAUCACCCACGUUUUCUUCAUCCGUCGCGUCUGCAGUACGAGGUGCGGGAGAGUUCGUUCAGCAACUGAAGUUUCUGUCCCUACCCAUACUACUUUGAUCGGUGGAUGUUUCGUCUAAUCCGCUGGCGAUCUUGCACGAGGGUGGAAAAUAUUAUUAUCGUCUAGAAAAUGGCGCAUCGAUCCUCAGCGAAUGAUGGUCCUCUAUCAUGUGGCAGUGGUGCGUUGUUAUCACAGCGAUGAUCAGGAGCUUCUUGAGUGAGUUACAUUAAAACAGUUCGUUCAAUAUGAAUUCUAUUGGUAACCGUAUUUGAAAUAACGAUGGUUGCGCGAUAAAUAAAUUGCCACUUGCUUUUCGCCAAGCGAUUCCAACCUUUCCCCACCAGAAAACUCUAAACUGCAAACAAGGAUAUCACCGUUAAUCGAGUUAUUUUUAUUUAGAAGUGUUUUUCGAAAGAAUUCACAAAGUACAUACCGUACAAUCAAAGGGUAAAUAAUGUGUUUGAGUUGCAAGGCAGACGAAAAUAAUGCAAACAAAAAAGACUUAUAAAAAAAUGUUUAAAACGUUCUAAUGGCGGAAAUGAGAAUUAAUAAACAGAUGAUCAAAUAGAAACCAUGAAUACAGCAAUCUGAAGUGCGGAUGUGGGCUUAUGUUACAAAGGGCAAUGUUCAUUUAUUGGUUCAUAAAUAUUUGUCUACUGGAGCCAAUCUGUUGAUACCCACCUGUGACAAUAUGUGAAAACAAACAUACUGAAAAUUAUUUCUUUGAAUUAGUUUUGGUUUUCCUCUCAUUUUUUGUCUAAAGUCAAUAUCUAGAAAGAUGAUCAUGAUCAUGAGGAACUGUGAUUCUGCAAUUCAGAGCGAGGUUUCGUGGGCCCCAACAUGUGCUCUAGAAUCGUUACUGCAAUCAAAAGGACAACUAAUUUAUGAUAACAAGCAAUUCAUCCCAACACUGAAGUUCGUUCGGGAGUGUGUUCAUUGGUGUACAAUGUUUGGUGUGUCUUGUUUUACUUUCACCGAAUUUAAUAUACGCAUUCAAAAGGUCUAUGUGUCCUGAGGUAUAUAACAUACAGUUCCAUACUCGUACAUACAUGCCGAGCCUUUUAAAUACAUGUUGCACCUCAAAAUCUGCUUCAGAACAUGCUUACCUAGCAAUGUCAUACAUGACAAAUAACGAUUUUUUUAACUGUGUAUUCUAAACGAGGGUCACGGUUUUUGGCAAAUUUCCUCGCUUGCUCUGUUUAUCUCUAAUUCGGUGCCAUUUUCUUUCUGAUGGUGGCGCACUAUUGGCUCAUUGAUUGUUGACAGAAGAAUGUAAAUGAACAGAGCUAACAGGAACACAAACGAAAACACAUACUAACAAGUAAUUACAUCGCAAUUGCAUCAAUGCAUGUACUUAGCAAAACAUUUUCAUCCGCCCGUGAGCAAAUCUUACUUCAUAGAAGGACUUGUAAGAAUGGAAAACAAACAACAUUUUAACCGAUAAAUGGGGAUGGAUGGAAAGAUUUGAGCACAAGUUGCGAUCCAAAAAAUGUAAAUAACUGUAAAGAGAAAAUGUAUUGAGACUGUUGUUAUGUAAGGGAACGGAGACGUCGAGCAAAACUAAUCAGUUGGACAAAAUACUGUUACGCAGGCAAAGUCAGCUUUAUGCAAAUGCAAUUCAACUCAACGACAGUAUAAUCAAAAGGCGAGGUAAAAAAUAGCACCAACGAACAGGAUCUCACAAAAUAUCGAACGCCGGCUCUGGCUUAGCUAGCAGGCUAAUGAAAUUUUGAGGAGACAGGGGCUUGAACCCUUUGUCGCCAUGUCACUUUCGCCAGCCUUCAAAAAUGGCCAAACUUUUUUGAUGUCGUGGAGGAAGUAUAAGAACAACAAUAAAAAAAUAUCCAACAAUGGAAUCUAAUAUUGGGAUUAAAAAUGAUACGCGUGAUCUGCAGAAUUAGUUUGGAUUAAGGAGUUACAAACAAGCGUAAGUAAAACACGUUAACAAACAAAAUAGUAAAGACGGAACAACAAAACAAAAAGUUCUUAUUACUGAUACAUGGCUGUGUUUAUUCCUCCUCACAUUUUUUUAAGAUGAUAGCGCAGCAAAAUACUGAAUGGUUAAUGAGAAAUGAGUGACAUUCUAUCAUAAAACAAGUGACAUAAUCGAAAAUGAAGAGUGUCAUGCUACCGUACUAGCUCAGUGGACUAUAGAAAACAAAUGAAGUUAUGAGGAAAGUUACAGUCUAACAGCAAAAGACAUUACUGGAGGAGACUCUGGAGGAGACGUAAAAACAUAGGCGUUUUCAACGAAAUUUAUCAUCGGAAAUCAAUGACGGCGGACUCUAAAAAGACGACGGAAAAGAUUUUAACUAAAAUGUCGUUCGCGCAAUGGUGCAAUGAAAACCAUUUUGUUUCAAAUGUUCAUCGGACAUGCCGUGUAAACACAUUGCCCAUGAAUGUGGGACCCUAACUAUUAGUGACUGAUUAAACUUGAAGCAUAAAACUCUUCUACAUUAACAACAACAUGAUGAGACGCAUUGACUGUUUUAUUUUCAUGUUCACUAGUGAACGUUGGAAUAACAAAAUGACAGAUAUAUUGAUGCAUAAGCUUCGGAAAAAGUGAAGUAUAAAAAUAUCUGGCGUUGCACCUGCAUACGUAUAGCCGCAAAACAAGACACAGAAAAACCAGUCUCAUAAUCAAAGCUCCAAGCCCCCCAUACAAAGUAAAUGAUCAAAACAUUGACAAUGCAACGUAAAAAAUAACAAAUUUAAAAAAAUAGCGUUACGGAAAGCAACGAUUAAUCACAGAAGAAAUGUGUCACAUCCAAACAAAUUAUAAUGUUUAUUUAUUCGUCGUGCAAUUUAUCAAACACUAUUGCAAAAUCAAUGCGUAACUGAAAGAUAAUGUCUUGCCAAGCUUGGAAAACACAAAUGAUGUUCUAUUUACGUAAACUGUAGAGAUAACAGUAACGUAAAAGCUAAUCAAACGAAAAAAAAUCAGAGAUAAUUUGAACUAGAAAAGGCAGAAGCAGAAAAAAUCGUUUGAACUUUAUUCUAUUGAGCGUGUAUUUUCUGUAACAGUUCAGCCAAUUGAUAAUAUGUUUUAAACUACACACCUGAUCGAAACAACUAUAUGCCACAUUGUUAAGUUAUUAGGUUGUUUAAUUGCUAGUUUUAAUGUAUGCUUCAUUACCCUUUUUGCCGCUCCAAUUCAAUUAUCUCCUUCGUUUAUGCUUGCACCAAUAAAAUGAGAAUAAUACAUUCAACUUCUUGCAUAACAUAGAUGUACAGAAAUAGCCAUGAACACACGCUGAAUGUUUUAACUUUAAAGGACAGAAAUUUCAACAGAUAAAGCACCGAAAUGUGAUCACAUAAAAGAUGCUCAAACUGAAUUGUACUUGAUCGGAAAGAAGUUGCUUAAAGACAUAAACAGAAAAAAAUGGUUACAUGUACAACUUAUUUCAAGUCAUUGGAAAAUACAAUCAAAAAUUUUUUUUUAGAAAUGCUUUACUAGCAGAAAUACAAACAAUAAGCGAGUGGCUUCAACGUGCUAUGCUAUUGAAGCUGACUUGAAAGUUCUUUUGCUCCGAGUCAUAUAAUAAACUGAAUUCUACUUCAUAAUGACCAUUUGUAACCAAGUAGCAAUCAAUGCUUUGACAUUCUGAACCUUAACUGCUUACCAACACAUUAUUUCGGUAAAUCCAGCUUAUUGUAAUCGUUCCACCGUUUGGACCGUUUUACUUCUAACUCUUUCCUGCAGCAUCGAUAAGAGUUUUUCUAUCCACUAUUUUGCGACCUCGAACGCGAUCGUCUUAUCAAACAAAACUGGGUAUUAAAUUCAUAAGCAUUCACUAUCACAUUUACGAAUGAUAAAUCGGUUAGAUACAGAAAGGUCCACGACAAAAACACAAGGAAGAACAUCCUAUACUAGAUUUUGCAUUCCUUUGGUUGUAAUGCCAACAACUAUCCACGUUUUCGACUGUGAGAAUGAAUGAGUGUAAUAUUUAAUGUCUUCUACCGGCCAACUGAACUUCAAUUGUCUCUCCGUUCCUAUUAAACGCUUUUAAUGCGGAAAAUAUGAGUUGAAAACCUGAUAGAGCAUUGACUGGAACGCAACAGUUUAAGUUCUUGAAAGUACGGCUCUUUGCGUGCUUAGAAAUGAAAUACAUAAUUAUAUAAAUAAACUAAACAAAACUUCAUAAAAGAUGCGCCACACUGACUGACAUUCGUAAUCACAAGUUUUAAAAAGAAAUUCUGAUUGCUGCGCAUUCAAUGUUUGAACAUCCAUUGGAAUUUGGUGUAUUUCAACCAUUCAGCAACAUUGAUCAACACAAGCUCUUCACCAUACAAGGGAAAUACAAAGGAGAGAGAAAUUAGUUGAAAAGUCCAUUAUGUAGUUGAUUUAAACGGUUCUACCAAAUAUAUCUCCUAUGAUGAAUAAAUGUGGAUAUAUAUACAGAAAGCAUAAAGCCCACAGACAUAAGACGUCGCUGUUAAUAGCGAAAAAGUGGCACGGAUGUCAGAUUUCUAUUAGCUCUUCAACCUAUGCCAACAAUUGUGAAAAGAAAACAACAUUGAAAAUCUUGUGAAAAUGUGAAAAAAUAUAAAAUAUGUGAAGUUAUUACGAACUAGAUACUAGAAAGUAUAUAAGAGCAUCCGUAUAAAGGCGCAUGUGUUUGUUGAUUUUAUUUGAAUUUCUUUUUAUUUCUGUCAUGUUUCAAAGAAUGUUCCUGGAAGCUUGUUUUGUUAAAGAAUUAACAAAAUUUGAUAGUUGAUAGUGACACAAAAUGUGUCGAAUGGAAACCAUAAACUCACCUGGAACAACUACCAACGGAAAGUAACACGAAAGCAGAAGCACGUUCAAGUCAAUGUAUACUUGUAGACGUCCUACGGAUGCAAUAUUGUAUCGUAUUUGUGAAUUCGCAGAAGAGGAUGCAGAAAAUAUGAAUUUAAAAUUAAUCAUAAGAUGCAAACCGUAUUUGAGAAAAACUUCGAUCCGCAUGAUCCAAUGUUACCGAGAUUUAUUUUAUUUGUACAAUGGCUUGUAAAGUUUUGGCUUGGUUGAAAUUUGCAAACAGUUUUUGUUUAGACAAAUAUAUAUGAAUGCUACGGAGAAUCGACGUUGCACGAUUAUGUUCUUUGAACGACGACGAAAUUUUAACGUUUUGGUUUCGGAACAAUCUGAAUGGCUUCCUUUGAUAAUUAAAGUGUUGAUUUCUACAGUCGAGUGGAUAUGAAAUAAUUUGAGGGAAAGACAGAAAAAAACAUGAAGCAUGUGUCAUUAUAUAAAGUAUAAUUUAAUUUACUGUUAUAAUUAAAUAAAAAUAAGGAUAGUUUUCCGAGAAAUACCAAUAAAAAU